AUGCAUCUCUUCAAAACUGAAUUGAUUGGGAUUUCUCUCAAUAUCCUUGAGUUAUGCUCUACUAUCACAGUUCGUUUACAGCUUUACACUGUAUUUUCAUCUGCAUUGCUCUUGACUGUGAUUCUAGUCUUAGGUCCAUUUUUGGAGCCCCUUCCAAUGUGCAUUCUUGCUUGCAUUGUCAUCGUUAGUCUUAAGAGCCUCUUCCUGCAGGUUAGGGAAUUACCUCGUUAUUGGAGAAUCAGCAAAUACGAUUUCGCAAUAUGGCUGGUUGCUUGCUUGUCGACCAUUUUUACCGAUGUAACAAAAGGAUUGAUAAUAUCCAUUGCCUUUGCGCUUCUAUCUGUAGUUCUCAGGGAGCAAUGGCCGCGAUUUUCCACGAGUAAAAUGGAAGAAGUUCCUCCUCAGCAUGUCCCUGAGGGUGUUUCUCUGCUCAAAUUUGAAUCUCCUCUUCAUUUCGCCAAUGUCACAUUGUUCAUCGACAAAAUAUCGGAGAUGAUAGCUUCUAUCAAGAAGGAG